CGUUAUCCAAAAAACGCCUCCAGGCCUGAGACAUGUAGAUGGCCUGGGAAUGGCCCUCCUAAGGACACGAUGGUGUAUAACUGCUGAGGAAUGCGAGUCCACCACUGGAGGAAGAGGAAUUGCUUGCAAAAACUGAAGCCAAGGCUGUGUUCUUGGCAGAACCACCUCAAGAUCUAGGCAUCGCAAUGCUGCUCCAACUCCAACAGGCCGCGACGGUCCCUGGGCGUCCUUCUUGUCCCUUCUCCCCUCCAAAUGGGCUGAGGACGAGGAGAGGAGGAAUUCCACGCGGGAAACCAUCCACUGCUACUGUUCUGUGUCCACGAGCCGCGCUUCCUUCAAGAACCCAAAGGAUAAUGGAAAAGAUUUCUUCGAAUGAUGAUGUAGGUGGAGCUGGGGGAGCUAGCUCAUACAAUGCUUUGAAGAGAUUGGAUCAAUUAUGGUCAAGUAUUUGUGCUGCUCCACUAGACACAGGAGAAGUUCCUGAAGUUGUAUCUCGAAUUUUUAGUUCAUCCAGGCAAUUUGAUGAGGAUAACAGCCUUAACUGUGGGUUUGAUGUAUUGGUUUGUGGUGGCACUUUAGGUAUCUUUGUUGCCACAACACUCAUUUCCAAAGGCUUGCGAGUUGGGAUUGUCGAAAGGAACCUGCUCAAGGGGAGAGAACAGGAGUGGAACAUCUCGAGAAAAGAGCUUAUGGAACUUGUUCAAGUUGGCAUUCUGUCAGAAGAAGAAAUUGAAGAGAUUAUUGCAAUUACAUUCAACCCUAAUAGAUGUGGAUUUGAGAAGAAAGGUGAUAUCUGGGUGAAGGAUAUUCUUAAUCUUGGAGUUUCGCCAGCUAAGCUUUUGGAGAUUAUGAAGAAACGUUUUGUUUCCUUAGGUGGAAUAGUUUUUGAGGGCAAAUGUUUGUCUAGUAUACGCAUUUAUAAUGAUGCAGCGGUUUUGCAGUUUGCUGACGGCGAUGUUUUGUCAUCACGUCUGGUUGUUGAUUCAAUGGGUAAUUUCUCUCCUGUGGUGAAACAGAUAAGAUCUGGCAGAAAGCCGGAUGGGGUGUGCCUUGUUGUUGGCACUUGCUCUCGUGGUUUCAGUGAGAACUCAUCAAGUGAUAUUAUUUUCAGUAGUUCAUCCGCGAAGAAGGUUCGAGAUUCAGAAGUACAAUACUUUUGGGAGGCUUUUCCUUCUGGUUCUGGUCCUACAGAUCGGACAACUUACUUGUUCACUUAUACUGAUGCACAUCUAGGGGCACCAAAGUUGGAAGAGCUACUAGAGGACUAUUGGGAUCUUUUACCAGCUUAUCAGGGUGUAUCUCUUGACCAGUUGGAAAUAUUAAGAGUCAUCUUUGGUAUCUUCCCUACUUAUCGAGACAGCCCACUGCCUGCAGCAUUUGAUCGUAUCAUACAGGUUGGUGAUGCCAGUGGUAUCCAAUCACCUGUUUCUUUUGGAGGUUUUGGGAGCAUGACAAGACACCUAAGUCGGCUGUCGACAGGUAUAUACGAAGCGGUCAUGGGAAAUUUCCUUGAUGCUUAUUCCUUGGGCUUGCUAAACCCUUAUAUGCCAAAUUUAAGUGCAUCAUGGUUGUUUCAAAGAGCAAUGUCAGCCAAGUCAGAUACUGACGUAUCAUCAACUUUUAUUAAUGAGCUUCUUUAUGUAAACUUCCAAGCUAUGCAGAGGCUUGGGGAUUCAGUGCUUCGGCCAUUUCUCCAGGAUGUGAUACAAUUUGGGCCUCUUGUGAAGACCUUGGGUUCAGUGAUGUUAAACCAACCACAAAUUUUGCCUUCAAUAUUCAAACAGGUUGGAGUUGGCGUUAUUCUUGGCUGGUCUGUGCAUUUUGUAAUGCUCGGUCACUACACAUUUCUUUCAUGCUAUGUUGGUCCUGUUAUUAGACCAUGGAUGGAAUUUCUUCCACAAAAGAAGAAAUAUGAAUGGAAUCGGCAUUUGGAAGCAUGGAAGUAUGGAGCUGGCUUAGAUUACAAAGAAAUGAAGUAAACAGCUUAAAGCAGAGAAUUUUUAUAUGAUAUUCAUAGUUAAUCACUUAACUCCGGAUCAUAUGUUUCUGUAGACAUUGUUUUCUUAGCCCACAUUUGGGCAAUGAAUACUCCACACCAUGUCAUAACCGAUCUGUGAUAGAGAAUAUCUUCAAUCUAUUUAGCACGUUGACCAAUAUGUCAUGUAAUAUGGCAUUUGAAAUUGUAGCCUUUGUUGUUUUUAAUAAAGAAUAAGCGAUCAGAAUAA